UUCCUCCCAGAUGAUAAAGCAUUGUCUUCAUGAAGUCAUGGGCAGGGAGUUGAUUCAUUAUUAUUAUUUUUAAGGUUCUUAUUGGAAAAACAAAAUCUUGGCAGUGCCAAGGCAGCCCUUAAACAUUGCUCUGGAAACUCCCCUGGGUCUGGCGCCUGCCCGCUGGCUGUGUUCUGCCUCAGCCUGCUCGUCUUUGCAAUGAACAGCGUGUUCUGCCUCCUCUGAGAGGACACACACGAAGCCCUCAGCAAGCUGAAGCCCUGCCCACCCCCAUAGGUGCCCGAGGCUGGGAGGGCCCUGGGUCCAGGGACCAGGUGCGGCUGGGUCACGCGUUGCCAGGUGUCGUCAGAUUGUUACUCAGUGUCCCUCUUUUGCCCGGCGCCAAGCAGAGCUCCACGGAGGAGCUUCCCCUCCCCCCUGCCCACGCCCCCGCUCCCCCCUGGACAUCUGCCCAUUCAGAGGGUGGUCUGCAGACUCUUCCCUCUGCCCCGGGAGCCUGGCCAGCAGGUGGGGGUGGAGGCCUGGCUGGGCAUGUGAAAAGGGCCAGCCUAGGCCAGAAGGAGGCAUCUCAGGGCUGAUAAUAAUCUGCAGAGAAACUUGCAAAAUUCUCUGAACCCGACAGGGCAAGGGUUAUAGUCCUUAGUUUCCAGCUGGGGAGACUGAGGCUCGAGAGACCAGCCCAGAUGGUGCAGCAAGCUGGCCACAGGCCCCUGUCUCGUGUCUCUGGCUGGAGCCCAGCUGCCCGGCACCCACCUCUCCCAGACCCAGGCAGAGCCUAAUGGAUGACAAAUUCUACAACUCUGACCCAGCCCUUCAGCCACCCCUUGUCCAAAGUCCACCGGGACUGUGCUGCCUGCUUGCUUGGGACAAUUUUGCAACAGCUGCUUAUCUUUGAGCACGGAGCCAAGAGAGGGCUGGGCUGCCCGCCGUGGCCUGUGUCCUGGGGCUGCAGUGAGCACGGCGUCCCUCACCUGUGCACCCCAUGUCCUCCGAGGACCUCAUCACGCUGCUCUCUAGCCCUCUCUGACCCCUCCUUCCCCCCAUGCACGGAGGACAGCCCUGCCUCAGGUGGCGGGGCCAAGCCUGCUCUCCACUGAGUGUCCGGGCUGGUGACCUCCCUGCCCUGGGUCCGAGCACUGCCGCUGGGGAGCCUCUCACUGGUGGAGCCAGCCUUCCUCCAGAGGGAUAAAGGGAGUGGGUGAGAGUCUCUGUCCCCGUGAUGGGGACUGACAGUGGCAGCAGCAACCAGGAGGUCAGAGCCCUCUGAGGCCACCUCCUCUGAGAUGCCCUCCUGGGUUUCUGCUGAAAAGAAGGACAGCUUGCUCAGGAUCAGUGUCAUCACAGCCAGCCUCGUGGCUGCCUUGCCCCUUCCUGCCUCUCUUCUUCCUGGUUCCUGAGCCCCCAAGGGCAGGGACUGGGUCCUGGUUGACUCUGGGUCUCCCAGCAGUGUUUUGCAUACAGUAGGUGCUCAGUGAUGGCUGGGUGGCAUCACCGACUCCAUGGACAUGAGUUUGAGCAAACUCUGGGAGUUGGUGAAGGGCAGGGAAGCCUGGUGUGCUGCAGUCCAUGGGGUUGCAAAGAGUCAGACAUGACUGAGUGAGUGAACAACAAAAGUGCUCAGUAAGUGUGGAGGAGAAAUUGGCAGAAGACUUUGGACACUCCGUGGGAAUAAGAGCACAGAUAUUUGUGUUGAUCACAGCAGUGUCUCUCCUGUAUCACUCCCUGUAUUAGCAGCCAAUAUUACUACAUUGUUCAUUGACCGAAAUUUCAAUGUUGCUUUUUUUGAUCCAGUGGAAGGAAGAAGUCCUAUUUUAUCUCAGCACCUAUUCUGACUCUUAGCACAUUCAGAGGUGGACAUACUUAUUUGCUCCAGAUUUCCUCUGGGCAUCUUCCGCCUGAACACAAACCAGAUGCCCUAGACCCAGGGGUGGACUGCAGGCUCUGGUCUGGCUCCCCACUAGCUUGCUGUGUGACCCCAGGCAAGCUGACUCCCCUCUCUGGGCCCUGGUGCCCCUGACGGUCAGAUGGAGGCCGGCAUCCCUGCCUUGGGAAGCUGGUCGCUGUGCAGCGGGUAAGCGGGGGCUCAGGGGUGGCCCACCCAGCAGCUGAGGCAUCCGGGAACUCCGAAGGGCAGAAUGCAGAUGGGCACUGUUGGGUGGCCAGGAGUGGGGUUGGGGGCAACCCGGACUUCUGCCUCCGAGGGCAGCGAGCACCCCUUUCCUGAGGGUGAGCAGCUGAGGCUGGACAGGCAGGUCCGUGCUGAGGCCCUGGAUUACCCGACUGAGGAGCGCCAGCCCAGCCCAAGGCUGCUGCUGACCCAGCGCUUCCCGCCCGCCUGGCGGUGCUAAGUGCCUUUCUGGUGCGGGAAGCAUGGUGUGCCCGGGCAGACGGGUGUGCGCGGGUUCACCUGCGGAACCAGUGACCCCCGUUUAGGGAUGAGGAGCUGGGGUGCAUGGGCGUGCAUGGGCAGACCGGUAUGCAUGGGUGUGCACGGGCAAGUGUGCACGGGCAGAUGGGUGUGCGUGGGUUCACCUGCAGAACCCGUGACCCCUGUUUAGGGAUGAGGAGCUGGGGUGCACGGGCGUGCAUGGGCAGACGGGUAUGCAUGGAUGUGCACGGGCAGGUGGGUAUGCAUGGGUGUGCACGGGCAGGUGUGCACGGGCAGAUGGGUGUGCACGGGUUCACCUGCAGAACCCGUGACCCCUGUUUAGGGGUGAGGAGCUGGUGUGCAUGGGCGUGCAUGGGCAGACAGGUAUGCAUGGGUGUGCACGGGCAGGUGUGGACGGGCAGACGGGGGUGCGCGGGUUCACCUGCGGAACCCCGAGACCCCUGUUUAGGGGUGAGGAGCUGGGGUGCACGGGCAUGCAUGGGCAGACGGGUAUGCAUGGGUGUGCACGGGCAGGUGUGGACGGGCAGACGGGGGUGCGCGGGUUCACCUGCGGAACCCCGAGACCCCUGUUUAGGGGUGAGGAGCUGGGGUGCACGGGCGUGCAUGGGCAGACAGGUAUGCAUGGGUGUGCACGGGCAGGUGUGGACGGGCAGACGGGUGUGCGCGGGUUCACCUGCGGAACCCCGAGACCCCUGUUUAGGGGUGAGGAGCUGGGGUGCACGGGCGUGCAUGGGCAGACGGGUAUGCAUGGGUGUGCACGGGCAGGUGUGGACGGGCAGACGGGUGUGCGCGGGUUCACCUGCGGAACCCCGAGACCCCUGUUUAGGGGUGAGGAGCUGGGGUCACCUGCCCCACGUGCAGGCUUAGCAGGGCCUCCGGGUUCGCAGCUCCGCUCUGCUGCCCUCAGCACGGCCUGUUCCGCAGCUUCCCGGCCAGCUGGCCUCCGGGUGGUGGGCGGUGCAUCCUGCCCCCGUGGUGGGAGGGCCAGGGGGCUGGCGGAGGGCCUCCGGGGCUAGGGCAGGAGGGGGGCAGGGGCCGCCCCGGUUCCUGUUUGGCUGCUGCUGGGAAGGAAGGAGGUGACGGCACCGUUGAAGCCGCUGAGCUGGGCGCUGGCAGGCCCUCGGGGCCUCGGAGCUCUGCGGCCAGCCGGAGCAGGAACCACUGCUGGAGGCUCCCGGCAGAGUAGGGUCAUCCAAAGGCCACAGGGACGUGCAGACGUGUGCCUGGGAGCAGGUGCAGGAGUCCCCCCAGGACCGCAGUCUCAGCCACAUCCCUCUGACCUCUCCUGCUGACCCACAAGUGGGCCCGGGGCCCCUCAGAGCCGUCCUGUCCUCCCCUCCGGGACCCUCCCCCAAGGAGACCUCACCUGCACCUCAUCUCCUUAGAAGCUCCCCACAGUGCUGAAGCUGAGUUCCCAUGGCCACGCUGAGCCGAGCCCUGCGUGGCGUGGCGGCCACCCGUCCUCGCCGGAGCCCUGCUCCAGGCCGGGGGCUGAGACCCCUGGCGAGCGGGGCUGGCCCCAACUCUGAGAAGAGUGUGCCGUACCAGUGGACCCUGAAAGAGGCACAGGACACCUCGGCUGCGGCCCGGGGCCCAAGCCGGCCCCUGCCCAGCACAGCCAGCGUGGUGGUCAUCGGCGGGGGCAGCUUGGGCUGCCAGACCCUCUACCACUUGGCCAAGCUGGGUGUGAGUGGAGCCGUGCUGCUGGAGCGGGAGCGGCUGACCUCCGGGACCACCUGGCACACGGCGGGCCUGCUAUGGCAGUUGCGGCCCAGUGACGUGGAGGUGGAGCUCCUGGCCCACACGCGGCGAGUGGUGAGCCGCGACCUGGAGGAGGAGACGGGGCUGCACACGGGCUGGAUCCAGAACGGGGGCCUGUUCACCGCGUCCAGCCGGCAGCGUCUGGAUGAGUACAAGAGGCUCAUGUCGUUGGGCAAGGUCUAUGGCAUCGAGUCCCACGUGCUGAGCCCGGGAGAAACCAAGGCUUUGUAUCCGCUGAUGAACGUGGAGGACCUCUACGGGACCCUGUACGUGCCGCACGACGGUACCAUGGACCCCGCCGGCACCUGCACCAGCCUCGUCCGGGCCGCCACCGCCCGGGGGGCGCAGGUCAUCGAGAAGUGCCCGGUGACCGGGAUCCACGUUCGGACAGACGAUUUCGGGGUGCGGCGGGUCGCAGCCGUGGAGACAGAGUUCGGCUGCAUCCGGACCCCCUGUGUGGUCAAUUGUGCAGGAGUGUGGGCAGGCGCUGUGGGCCGGAUGGCCGGCGUCAAGGUCCCGCUGGUGGCCAUGCACCACGCCUACGUCGUCACCGAGCGCAUUGAGGGCAUCCAGAACAUGCCCAACGUCCGCGACCACGACGCCUCCGUCUACCUCCGCCUGCAGGGGGACGCCUUGUCUGUGGGCGGCUAUGAGACCAACCCCAUCUUCUGGGAGGAGGUAUUGGACAAGUUUGCCUUCGGCCUCUUCGACCUGGACUGGGAUGUGUUCACCCAGCACAUUGAAGGCGCCAUCAACCGGGUCCCCGUGCUGGAGAAAACCGGGAUUAAGUCCACGGUCUGCGGCCCCGAGUCAUUCACCCCGGACCACAAGCCCCUGAUGGGGGAGGCGCCCGAGCUCCGCGGGUUCUUCCUGGGCUGCGGCUUCAACAGUGCAGGGAUGAUGCUGGGCGGUGGCUGUGGGCAGCAGCUGGCCUCCUGGAUCGUCCACGGGCGCCCCGAGAAGGACAUGCACAGCUAUGACAUCAGGCGCUUCCACCACUCGCUCACGGACCACGGCCGGUGGAUCCGUGAGCGCAGCCACGAGGCCUAUGCCAAGAACUACUCCGUCGUCUUCCCCCACGAUGAGCCUCUGGCCGGACGCAAUAUGCGGACAGACCCCCUGCAUGAGGAGCUCCUUGCACGAGGCUGCGUGUUCCAGGAGCGGCACGGCUGGGAGCGGCCGGGAUGGUUCAAUGCCCAGGGCACAGCUCCGGUGCUCCCCUACGACUACUAUGGGGCGUACGGGCAUCGCGCGCACGAGGACUAUGCCUACGGACGGCUGCUGGGCCAGGAGUACACCUUCAGCUUCCCCCUGCACCACGACGCGAUCAAGAAGGAGUGUCUGGCCUGCAGAGGGGCCGCAGCUGUGUUCAACAUGUCCUACUUUGGGAAGUUCUACCUGGUGGGCCCGGACGCCAGGAAGGCUGCCGACUGGCUCUUCUCGGCUGACGUCAGCCGGCCCCCAGGCUCCACGGUGUACACGUGCAUGCUGAACCACCGCGGGGGCACAGAGGGCGACCUGACCGUCAGCCGCCUGGCCCCCGGCUCCCAGGCCUCCCCGCUGGCCCCUGCCUUUGAAGGCGACGGCUACUACCUGGCCGUGGGCGGGGCCGCGGCCCAGCAUAGCUGGUCCCACAUCAGCGCCGCGCUGCAGGACCGGAGGUUCCGGUGCCAGCUCAUCGACAGCUCCGAGGACCUGGGCCUGCUCAGCGUCCAGGGCCCGGCCAGCCGGGCCAUUCUCCAGGAGGUGCUGGAGGCCGACCUGAGCGACGAGGCCUUCCCCUUCUCCACCCACAAGCUGGUGAGAGCCGCCGGGCACCUGGUCCGGGCCGUGAGGCUGUCCUUCGUGGGGGAGCUGGGCUGGGAGCUGCACACCCCAAGGCCGUCCUGCCUGCCCGUGUACCAGGCGCUGAUGACCGCGGGGGCCAAGCAUGGCCUCGUCAAUGCCGGCUACCGGGCCAUUGACUCUCUGAGCAUCGAGAAAGGCUACCGGCACUGGCACGCCGACCUCCGGGCUGAUGACAGCCCCCUGGAGGCAGGCUUGGCCUUCACCUGCAAGCUCAAGUCCUCCAUCCCCUUCCUGGGGCGCGAGGCCCUGGAGAAGCAGCAGGCCGAGGGCCUCCGCCGGCGCCUGCUGGGCUUCACCGUGGACGAGAAAGUUCCCAUGUUCGGGCUGGAGGCCAUCUGGAGGAACGGCCAAGUGGUGGGCCACGUCCGGAGGGCCGACUUCGGAUUCACCAUCAAUAAGACCCUGGCCUACGGCUACAUCCGAGACCCCAGCGGUGGGCUGGUCUCCCUGGACUUUGUGAAGAGUGGGGACUACGCCCUGGAGAGGAUGGGGGUGACCUACGCUGCCCAGGCCCACCUCAAGUCUCCCUUCGACCCCGACAACAAGAGGGUGAAGGGGAUCUACUGACUGCCGCGGGCAGAGCCUCAGCUGGUCCGGGGGUCGGCGACCUGCCACCCCGGCCGACGCUGCCCAUUCCCAGUGGCCUGCGCCGCCCCGGGUGCCAGGACCCAGACCCUGGCCGGAACGUGGGCUCCCCUGCCCUUCGUCGAGAGCUACCGCCAUGGCCCCCAAAAGAUGCAGACAGAGGGAGUGGAAAGAGGACCCAGGAGGCCUGUUCUGUGGUCACUGACUGAAGGGGGGGUCUCGAGUCCUCCCCACCCCCCCAAAAGCCACCUGCCAUGCCUUGGGCUCAGGGACCACGCCUGAAGCCCUGGAGAGCUUCUGAAAAGGAGAAGGCCCCCGUGAAAGCGGGGCAGCAAAGAGCAUCACCCAGUGUUCUGUCCCUGAUGGGCAGGCUGCCCGGGGGAGCCUUGAGGGUUGUGGGUGUGUCUGGCACGGGGGACGGUGUGGGACUGAUUCGUCCUGUCUGCCUUGGGCACAGUAGUGAAGGCAGAAAGCAGGCGUGCCAGACUGGCACCGUCCCUGAGGUCGGGGUUGGCAGGACGGUCUGGUCCCUGGUCCCAGGAAGGAGGGGUGAAUCCAGAAAGUGAGCUCUGCUUGCCUUGACCUCUCGGGUCUUCACGCGAGGAAACCCCCAGAGGGUUCCCAGCCCUGAAAUCAGUGCCAGGAGCAGGGCUGGGAGGGUCUCAGCUGGGCCACCCCCACUGUGCUCUCCUGCCCUGGUUUCCCCUAGGGCCCCUCGCUCACCAUGUCGGAGACAAAGGGGUGCUGCUAGGUACGGACCUGGCGGGUCUCUCCUGCCCGGGUGGCCUCUGUCCUUGUCUGACUCAGCUCUGGGCCUGAUCCCCCGCUCUCCCAGUCCCUGUGAGUUGCCCUCGCCCAGGGCCUGGAAUGGGGUGACCCCUGUCCCCAUCCCAGGGCCUCCAGAACUGCCCAUCUUCCCUGCGGGGACUGGCACCCGGCCCCGGGACCCAGGCAGCCCCCUGGGGAGGGGGCUAGAGGGGACGCGGGCAGGAAGCCGUGUGGUGACUGGGGUGCAGAAAGUCCUGGGGGCCUGGGGUUGGUUUCAGAGGUGCCAUGCCACGCAGCCCUCUCCAGGGGCUGGGCUGAAACAGGUCAGGCUAAUAAA